AUGAUAACCUCGGGAAAGUGUUCCGCUGAUCUCCACGCCGUCGUGGUGGACAACCCUGGCCAUACGGAACUCUACGAGCCUGGGACGCCUAUCUUGGUCGUCAACAGUACCGUUGAAGACCUCGACGAAGCAGUAUUGUCUUGUGGGAGGCAUUUUGUUCUUUUCAACCCGGCUUCAAUAUCCCAGACAGAUGUUGUUGCGAAAGUUAGAUCAGCAGGAGAGAAGGCCGGGGAAACAAUCAGGGUGUGGUUUGGACACGAAAGCGCGAAUGAACCUCAUGGACGGACUGAGCAACAGAAGAAAAAGUCGCUCAGCUCACUUGACGAGAUAUCUGGAGCUUCUAAUCGAUCGCAUGGAGGCCUCAUCCUCGCUGUUAUCCAAUCUCAACGGGACAGAGAGAGAGUUGCAAAUCUCGAAACGAAUCUCCGGAUACGGCGUUACGACUUUGGAGGACAGAACUCAGUCGCACACUUGGACGUCGACAGUGAACUGGUGACGGUGACUGACCAAGCCGCACAAUGCAUUCUGCAAGGGCAAAAUGUCCUGUUUGUGGUGGAAGGACAGACGUUAUACGCUAUGAAAAGCUUUCUUCGACUUCUCGUUCCACAACCUAAGUAUAUACUGUCAAUAUCUCCAGACAUCCUAGUACCGACACUCGAAGCUCUCCGAAUCAAACGUGCAGAGCUGGUCGGUUCAAUAUCACCCGGCUACGUAGUCUGGCGAUCACACGAGCCAACAUCAAAAUUCACAGGGGUCCCGCUAGUCAUCUGUCCUAGAAAGCCAGACGAAACAAUCCUACAGGACAUAAUCACCCGGACAAAUCCCCCCAAAAUGCAGUACCAACGGCUCGGCAAAAGCGCCAUAAAGGUAUCCAGGAUCAUCCUGGGCUGCAUGACAUUCGGCAAUCCGGCCUGGGAAGGCAGCCCCUGGGUCCUCCCAGAGGAAAAAGCGCUCCCUCUGCUCAAAGCGGCCUUCGACUGCGGCAUCAACACGUGGGACACGGCGAACACCUACUCCAACGGCCAAUCCGAGAUGAUCAUCGGCAAGGCGCUCGAAACAUACUGCAUCCCGCGGAGCAAGGUGGUCAUCAUGACCAAGCUGUACUACCCUGUGCUGGACGCGGAGGACCCUCGCCGCCCAAGCCCGGCUGUCAACACAGGCGAACUCGUGAACCAGAUGGGGCUGAGUCGGAAGCACAUCUUCGAGGCAGUGGAUGCGUCGCUGCGACGUCUGAAGACCACCUACAUUGACGUGUUGCAGCUGCACCGGUUGGACCCGGACGCUGAGCCGGAAGAGAUCAUGCGCGCGCUCCAUGAUCUCGUGCAGAUGGGCAAGGUGCAUUAUCUCGGUGCGUCGAGCAUGUACUGCUGGCAGCUGGCGAGACUACAAUACACGGCGAAGAUGAACGGGUGGACCCAGUUCAGCAGUAUGCAGAACUUGUAUAAUCUGCUCUAUCGCGAGGAAGAGCGGGAAGUCAACCCGUUCUGUCGGGCUGAGGGGAUUGGGCUGGUCCCGUGGAGUCCGUUGGCAAGGGGACUGCUUGCGAGGCCGUGGAACCAGGUUACAGAACGGUCGAAGAAGGAUGCUAAGACGACGAAGUGGUUCAAGGGUGAUGCGGAUGGUGAGAUUGUUCGUCGGGUGGAGGUCCUCGCACGGAGGAAGGGGUGUACUAUGACUGCUGUUGCGAUCUCCUGGUUGCUGCAUAAGGGUGUGUGUCCUAUUGUGGGAUUGAACACAGUGGAGCGUAUCGAGAGCAUAUCCGAAGCGCUUUCUGUGAAGUUGGAGGAGGGAGAGUUGAAAUUCCUCGAAGAGUGCUAUUCUCCUCUUGCUGUGCAAGCCAUAUAA